AUGGCAUUAAGAGACAAGGGUGUAUUUAAAUGGCGGAAUGCAUUGCGAGAAUUGGGAAGGCCUUCCGUGAGCAACUUCACCGGAAGUCUUGCAGAGGUUUAUUCUAGUAUAAAGUUGAGUUAUGAUGAUUUAAAAAGUGAGGAACUCAAGGCAACUUUUUUGCUUUGUAGUCUUAUGAAAUAUUCUGGUGAUGUUUCCAUUAUGGAGUUGUUCAAAUAUGGAAUAAGUUUGGGUUUAUUUGAAGACAUAAGUCCGGAAAAGGCACAGAAUAAAGUACGUUUAUUGGUCCAUGAACUUGAAAGCUCUUGUUUGUUGCUUUAUGGUCAUUCCAGUGAUUGGUUUACUAUUCAUGAUGUUGUUCGUCUUGUUGCCAUAUCAAUUGCAUCGAGAGAUCAAUAUGCAUUGACGAACGAGGCUACCGAUUGGCUAGGUAAGGAUGCACUUGGGAGUUGCAAAGCAAUCUUCAUACAUGAUGGUAAUAUUAGAGAGCUUCCUGAAGGUUUGAAAUGUCCACAACUCAAUUUUUUCAUUAUGCUUGCUGGGAGUCCUUUUAUGAAAGUUCCAGACAAUUUUUUCACAGGAAUGACAAAUCUUAGUGUUCUAAAUUUGACCAAAAUGCACUUCCUGUCACUGCCUUCAUCUCUUUAUCUGUUAGUAAACCUUCAAACAUUGUGUUUAGAUCAAUGCAUGUUGGGAAACAUAACUGGUAUUGGAGACUUAAAGAACCUAAAAAGCCUUAGAUUAUCCCAUUCUGAUAUUAAGUUGUUGCCUAAAGACAUAGGUCAAUUGACUCAGCUAAGGAUUUUAGAUGUGAGUAAUUGUUGCAAACUAAAAGUCAUUUCACCAAAUGUCAUAUCAAGUUUAUCUUGUUUAGAAGAAUUGUCUAUGGGUAAUAGCUUUGUUCAAUGGGAAGUUGAAGGGCUGAACUUUGAAGGAAAAAAUGCUAGUCUUAAUGGGUUGAAGCAUUUGUCUAAAUUGACAUCUUUAGAAAUACACAUUAAAGAUGUCAGGAUUCUACCCAGAGAUCUUUUUUCUAAGAACAACUUGAGAAGAUAUAAAAUAUUCAUAGGUGAUGAGUGGGAGUGGUUAGCUGAGUAUGAGACUUCAAGAACAUUGAAACUCAAUACUAGCAUCCUGGAGUGUGGGAUUAUCAGGCAAUUGAAAAGAAUUGAAGAACUAUGUUUAGCGGAAUUACAGGGUGUCAAUAAUGAUCUUUAUCAAUUAGAUGAAGAGGGUUUUCCACAAUUGAAGCAUCUUCACAUUCAGAAUAAUGCAAGAGUAUGA